CCAAGAUAUUGUGCUUUUCAAUCUUGUCACUAGAUGGCGAUAACGAGUACAAACUGGAUUAGUGACAAAAAGAGGAAGUGGCUGAGCCGUCCUGUUGGUUUGUUUUUAUUGGGCACUUUCUACUUGAGAAGGCCAUGUCUAGGUCCUGAUGCUUGAGGAACCCCAUCAUCUGUGACAGAAAUGGAUCCUGAGGUGUCUGUGCUGUUCCACUGUGCACACUGGAGAGGCCUGCAAGACUCUCAAGUAGGAGUGGAGCUCUCUGAAAGAUACAACAGGAAGUCAGACUCUGCUCUUGAACGUCACAUAAGUGAGGUUUGGAUUGAACGGCUGUCCAAGGAGCCAUGGCUUUUUAAUGGGGCAAAAUUCCGGUUACAUUCUUUUUGCUUUGCCUCUCCAAAACACCAACCUUCCAUUUAUUCCUCCCAUGCCCCCCCAGAACACUGUCAGCAGGCUGAGGGGACACAAACAGGAGAAGGGGAUGCACUUUGGGGCCAUUCAGCCCUUAGAAAUGGGCUUCCCAAGACAGAAAAUGAAGAAAUCACACAGCAGAACACCCAAGUUUCACCCUCUGAUGAACACGGAAAAUGUAAAGGAAAUGCAGUAGAAUAUUAUGACAAGCCGCUUCUCAUCCUGAGACUGGGACUCACAUCUUACAAAGAAUACCUGGGAACAAACUGGUCGUGUCAGGCAGCAGAGCUUCGUCAGCGUGGACAGACAGAGUACAAAGACCCUCUGGCGUUGUUGGCUCAGCCUUUGGGCGUGGGGGCUAUCUUGUGCACGAGCGAUGACCAGGUGGUGUUCAUCAGGAGGAGUCAGAAGGUAGCAGAGGCAGGCGGGCUGCUGGACAUUCCCGGAGGCCACCCGGAGCCCAAGGUGACAGAAACCAGGUUAAAUGUCAAUAAAAUGCUCACCGUGCGACCAAAGCUUUGCUGCUGUCCGCAGGCUGUGUGUGAAAGUCUGGGUGAGACCGUGAGCGAGGAGCAGAUCACCAUGGAGAUGAUGCAGCGGCGGCCGUCUGCCGUUGUCGCAGAGCUAUUCUUCUCAGUGUCUGCUGAGAUCAGAGACGAGGUGAACGUUCCAGUAAGUGUCCUCGGAGCGCCUGUCCUGUUAGGCGUUGCUCUGAAUCACACCAGCGCCGGCCGGCCGAGUGCAGAAUUCUUCGUGAGCUGCUCACUAACUUCUAAAGAAGUCCAAGAGUUGUACUGGAAAGGAGGAGCAGAGGCCAACGAGUCCACAGAUGUAGUCUUCCUCAGCAGAGCGGAGGCGUUGCAGCUGAGCAGCAGCAGCCCCCUGUGGUCCGAGCUGUGCCCUUCAGCAAAAGGAGCUGUGCUGCUUUACCAGACGGUCAACCCCAGAAGAACACACAACACGACACAACAAGCACACACGUGAUGAUGUGAGCUGAUUUUAUUCCCACUAAGCGUCACACUGUAACACAUGUGAGUUAAAACAGCAAAUACUCAAUGUUAGUCAAAAUCUGGAAACUGUACAAAACCAGGAGUUGAUUUUAUUAAACUUUUUUGAAUAAAAA